GCGCCUCGACCAUUUUCCUCUGUCUUUCACUUUUUCUCUCUUUCUUUUUCUCCUUUUCACUGUCUUUUUUCUCUUCUCUUUCUGUCUCGCUCUCAGUUUCUCUGUCUCAUUUUUUCUUCUCUCUUUCUAUUCUCUUCUCUGUCUACUAAUUUUAUUUCAUGUUUCUUUCUCUUUCAUCAUCUUCAUGUCUUCAUCAUCAUCAUCAUCCUCUUCUUCUUCUUCUUCUCUCUCUCUCUCUCUCUGGUUCAUCAUUGUCUCUAUUCAGCAUUAGCAUCACCAGAAUAUUCAACUUUCUCAUGCAUGGAUAUUUAUUAUACCGUUUGUUUAAUCUAUUUACUCCUUUAUUUUUACUAUUCUAUUGUAUUAGGCAUUCGAUGACGCCAUUGCCGAAUUGGACACACUUAAUGAAGACUCUUAUAAAGAUAGUACGCUCAUAAUGCAGCUCCUCAGAGAUAAUCUUACGUGCAAUCGAAAACCAUAAAAAUAGAAGUUAAAAAGUUUCUCCAAUUUUGUUUCCAUUGUAAAACUUAUUCUUGGAUUUUAAUUGUGUUUACAAUUUAAUUGUUUUCAUCGUCCAACCGAACCAAAAGAAAAACAAUUAAUAAGGAAUCGAAACAAUUAAACUAAUGUGACAAUGAAAAGUGAAAGACAGUGGGACAUUAAAGUAUCACAUUAUGCUUUGAAUACAAUUAAUCCGAUUCGUCAGGUAUUGGAAAACCUAAAUGCUUCACCUAAUCCGAACAAAAAGUUAAUCCCACUUUCAAUUGGUGAUCCAACGGUUUUUGGUAAUUUGGAGCCAAAUAACAUUAUCCUUGAGGCGAUGAUUGAAAGUAUCCAGAGUAACAAGUUCAAUGGAUAUUUACCUUCCAAUGGCGUUGAAUCAGCACGUCAAGCGAUUGCUGAGUAUUCAUCAACCUCUAACGUUCAAGUAGAUCCAAAGGAUGUAAUCAUAACGAGUGGCUGUUCUCAUGCACUGGAAAUGGCCAUCAAUGUCCUCGCCGAACCAGGUAAAAACAUCUUACUCCCAAGACCAGGUUUCCCUUUAUAUCAAACCCUUUGCGGUGGCCUGGGCAUUGGAAUGAAAUUUUAUAACCUAAAUGCUGAAAACGAUUGGGAAAUUGAUUUGGAUCAUUUGGAAUCACAGAUUGACCCAUCAACCGUUGCAAUAGUUUACAAUAAUCCCUCUAAUCCAUGUGGAUCGGUUUACCCAUCAAAUCAUAUAAGAAGUUUCCUAAAAAUCUGUGAGAAAUACAAGAUUCCCGUUAUUGCCGAUGAAAUUUACGAGCAUCUAGUUUUUCCUGGACACAAAUUCAUCCCUUUAGCAUCACUCACUCAAGAAGUUCCUAUCUUAUCAUGCAGAGGGACAACAAAAAGAUUCAUGGUUCCUGGUUAUCGUUGUGGUUGGAUAAUCAUUCACGAUAAACAAGAACGAUUUGGAAAUUCUAUUCGAAAGGGAUUGAACAAUCUAACUCAUCGGAUUGUUGGUGCAAAUUCAAUUGUUCAAGGAGCUUUACCCAAGAUACUCAGAGACACUCCUGCCAGUUUCUUUGAAGAUUGUAUAUCCUUAAUCCAAGCCAAUGCUAAAAUAUGUUUCUCAAUAGUCUCCCGAAUCCCUGGAUUAACCCCAAUCAUGCCCGCCGGUGCCAUGUACAUAAUGAUUGGAUUAGAUAUAAACUAUUUUCCUGGUAUCACUAGUGACCUACAUUUUGUUGAACGUUUGAUGUCCGAGGAAUCGAUAUUUGUCCUGCCUGGUAAAAUUUUCGGUGUAAAUGGUUAUGUUCGAGUUGUUCUAACUGUACCAACGGAUCUUGUUAUCGAAGCCUGUACUCGAUUAGAAAGUUUUUGCCUUCGAAAUGCUGUUUUACCAACACUAAAGCACCAAAACAACAUAAACACAGCAAACAACAACAACAACAACAAUAAUAAUAAUAAUCUUAACAACAAUCAACAACCACAAAUAACAACAACAACACCACAACCACCAACACAAACCACUCUGACAACUAAAACAUUACCAAAUAUCCAAUUGAAUCUCAGAGAGUCGGUAAAAGUAGAUUAACUAAUUGUGUUAUUUUCAUCAAGCAUCCAUCCAAAUCCUCUUUAUAAUAAAAAAGCGCAAUACUAAAUUUAACCUUUGACCUUGACCCAGCAAUUACAAUAGCGACACGGAAGGUCAAACAAAAAUUUUAACUUAAUUGUAUCACUUACCUUUUUUUUCAAAACUUGUAAAUUGAAUCAAUUGAAAUGUUAACCUUACGGUUUAAUUACCUUAUUAUUUUCUGUGGGUUCAAAGGGAUUUUUUUUAAAUCAGAAAAUAUUUUAUCAUGUAAAUCAGUUUCUAGUUUAAAUUAUCUUGUUGAUAAUUACUAUUUUAUGAUAAAGAUCGAGAUUCUAAAUGAAUGAUCAACUUAUGUAUGUUAAUCAUUAAACUGAAUUGAUGUUUUAAUUGUUGAAUGAAUAAAAAAUUCUCAAAUUAUAUAA